AUGCUUCCAGCUCCGACCCUCCCAGUUGAAAUAGUGACGUUGAUCAUAAUGUAUUGGGAAGCCAAUGCCUUUCAUUUCGCAGUUGAUGGUUACAACAGUGCCGAUAAUCGCUUCCUACACCAAACAUCCGUUAAAAGUCUACUCAGCUUGCGACUGCUUGGAAGAUCUUGGGCGGACGCCAUUCCACCAUUCGUAUACAAAUCCUUGCACUUACAAUCUCCUUGGGCGCAUUCCUACAUGAGUGACCUAUGGGCGAAAGGGGUAGUUACGUCGAGUUUUCCCGGUUUUCACCUUCGACGACUUGCUUUGGAUCGCGUCAUGUACCUACCAGAGUUCGACCCAGUUUGUCUCUACGAAAGCACAGAGGACCGCCUGUUCAGAAAGCUUGAAUUAGAAUACAAACACUACAACACCAAGUCAAUAUUCAUGAAAGAUACCACGGGAAUCAUCUCGCUAUGUGGUUUGAGCUUGACUGACCUGAAGUUAAGUUUUACAAGCGCCGUUGGUUUCUCAAACAAUUUAGCUCUUGCAAUUCGAGGUGUGGACAAUUUGAAAACUUUCUUUGUUGAAGGUGACAAAAAGCAUAACAUCAUGAACAAUGCAAACUCUUUGAUCAGCAUAUUAAACCAUACUAAUCAACUAGAAUCACUUUUGCUCAAGUUCGGUACCUUGAGUUCCCUAACCUUGAGGACCGGAGCCUUACCUAAAUUAAUGCACUUUUGGGUUACGUUACAUUGCAAGAAUAUCAGUGCAGUCAAAAAUUUUUGCCAGGCCCCCGGGAGGCAAAUUAAACUAUUGGAAUUUAGUCCGACAAUCUACAUGAGUGACUCAGAAGCAAUAAUCAGCUCGAUGAAAGAUACGCUAGGCGGACUGUUUAUUGAGAAGAUGCCUGACCAUAUGCCUGAUCGGCUUCGUUAUACGCGAUUUCCAAGUCUUCGAGUGUUCAGGAGUAUGUACGUCAAUGCUACGUUUCAAAGACCAAAUUGGUUUAAUUGGCACUUUUUCGAAACAGUCAGUGUUUUCAUUACUUCUUAUGCUAAAAGCGGUGCGUACUGGAGGAAGCUGCUGGAGGAAGUCGCGGAUAUUAAAUUCCCACCUAGAUUGAAACAUUUUAUCUUUAUAACUGGACACGAAACGGUAGUGCUGGGUGGCAACUUGGUAGAUUUAUUUAAGCGCUUUGGAAUCAGAUGCCAGUUCAAAAGCCAACUGAGGUACACCCAGGUAUUGGCCUCAAUUAAUUAUUUCGAACAAGAUGCGGCCAAUGGGAAAGGCAAACAGCGAACCAGAUAA